CAGUCACCCCCCUCUCAGCCUAACCUACCUCAUAGGGGAGUUGGGAGGGUAAAAGUGUGGGGCAGGGAGCUGGAAGGACCAUUUGCGCGACUGAAAAGCCUCUUGGAGGAAAGGCGAAGUAGAUGAAGGAGUUGUUGGGUGUGUUUUGCAACUGAUGAGGAUGACAGAACAGCAGAGUGGGUGAGACCAUGCAGGUGUAGAGGCUCUACGAAAUGGGUUCAUCAAACUUGUCUACAGCGCUGGGUGGAUGAAAAACAGAGAGGGAACAGUACAGCUCGUGUUGCCUGUCCUCAGUGCAAUGCAGAAUACUUAAUAGUCUUUCCAAAACUAGGUCCAGUUGUUUAUGUCUUGGACCUGGCAGAUCGCCUUAUCUCAAAAGCCUGUCCGUUUGCUGCAGCUGGAAUAAUGGUGGGCUCUAUCUACUGGACAGCUGUCACUUAUGGAGCUGUAACAGUGAUGCAGGUUGUGGGUCAUAAAGAAGGCCUCGAUGUCAUGGAAAGAGCUGAUCCUUUAUUCCUUUUAAUUGGACUUCCCACCAUCCCAGUUAUGCUUAUAUUGGGAAAGAUGAUUCGCUGGGAAGACUAUGUGCUUAGAUUGUGGCGAAAAUAUUCUAACAAACUACAGAUUCUGAACAGCAUAUUUCCAGGGAUUGGAUGUCCUGUUCCUCGUAUUCCAGCUGAGGCCAACCCUCUGGCAGAUCACGUCUCUGCUACUCGCAUUCUCUGUGGAGCUCUUGUCUUUCCCACUAUUGCUACGAUAGUUGGCAAGUUGAUGUUCAGCAGUGUUAACUCUAAUCUUCAGCGAACAAUUUUGGGCGGAAUUGCUUUUGUUGCUAUAAAAGGAGCUUUCAAGGUCUAUUUCAAACAGCAGCAAUAUUUGCGACAAGCUCAUCGGAAAAUUUUAAACUAUCCUGAGCAAGAAGGUGCAUAAAUGACUGUGGGUGUCAGACUUUUACAAUCUCAUCUGCUAUAUUCAGCAGCAAUGUACCAAUACUAUUAUUUGGCUAAAGGAGCUGAAAAUGGAGGAUAUGUUGCUGUUUUUUGUCGUCGGUCCCCCCCCCCAUCCCCCCAUAGAAUAAUAAAAUACCUUAUUAUGGCAGGGCAAAUCCUCCUUAGUUGUUGAUCCUAAGAAUGUGAUUUGUUUUCACUGAUGUGUUUACUUUGAGGCGGAAGACAUCUGAAUCAUUUUCCUAUGGGCAAAUGUUGCCUUCUUUCAAAACGGAAGCCAAACAGUUGUGAAGUUAAUAAAUUAUGUGCAAACUGUAUUGAAUUAUAUUUUUUUGCUUAUUGCAGUAAAUGCACAGUACUUUGCUAAAUGGGCCAAUAUAAGAAACUUCUAAAAAUAUGCAUAGUUUAUUAUUGCCAAGUGGAACUCUGGAAUGUCAGUUAAUAAGGGUUCCCGUAUUCAUAGAGGAAGCUAAAGAAUAAGCCUCAAAUUAGUGAUAGCAGAACUCAACUCAUUUUCUUGCUAGUUCACAUAGUCCAUCAUAACAGCCCAGAUUGUUAGAAGUUUCAUUAAAUAUAGAAAAACCUGUCUGGGUCUGAUAACUUGGAACACCAGCAAAUUGCUUUUUUAUUUUUUUAAAGAAUUCAACAGAUUGCUGUCUUUUGGCUCUUUCAUUGUAAUGCAAGUAGCAUUAUAUAUAAUUAACUCCUGUCUGCCACCAGUAAAAUUGAAAAACUGAAUUACAAUCUAUAUGUGACUCGUUUCAAUAUUAGACUGUUGCUUAGUGCCCGUAUGCUGUGGAAGCACAACCAAAUUGUGGAGUCAUCAUUCAGGCUAAAUCAAGAAGCAAGGGUUCAAAAACAAGCACUGGUAACACACAGCUGUGUUGAGAAGAAAGUAUAAAUGUUCAGUUGUGAAUGUUAAAAGACUAUUGAUUACACAAGUAAAUCCUGCUUUACUGAAGUAAGUUUUCUAUUUUCUAUUUUUAUUUUUUUAAGACUUAUCUGGCGCUCACCUUAACUGCAUCUCUUUUGAAAUAUGUUUUCAAAGUGUCCUAGAUUUUGGUGGCACCUAUAAGUGAAUUAUUUGGAUUGGAGCAUAGGUUCCAAUCUAGACAUGUGUGCAGAAGUCCCAUUCCAGUUGAUGAGAUGGAUUUCCUAGUACAUGGCAGGAUUGAGGUUGAUAAGGGAGAUAUUUAAAUUGCACUUUUUCUUAACAGUAGAAAUUAGUGUAUCAGUGUUUAAAUGUUGGGUUCUGUAAAAGUCACAUCAUCGCGAUGUAACAAAUGACAGUCAUUCUGGGUUUACAAGUCAUAUUUGCUUUGGCAGGAUUAAAGAACCAUUGAGUGUCUCUUAAACUCUCAAAUUAUGUUCAAAUUCAAAUAUCUAAUGCAUGGAAAAUGUAAUAAACACAUCUUUUUUAAGUACUGGUAAAUUGUUGACCAGAAGUGAUGCAAAUGAAAAAAAGAGUCUUUGUUUGAUUGUAAUAACGUAUGCUAAAGAAAUAUUAUUAUUUCCAUAGCAAGCUUUACUUUAAAUAUAAAAAUGUAAUAUUUUAAAAGGUAAUAAUGACCAGCUAGUAUUUCAGCAUUGGUACAUGUGGAAAAACCUAAAGCAUAACAGAAUACUUUAGUUUCUUGUUGUAAGUUCUAAAAAACCCCCACUGUAAGUCAAUUUGACUUUUGAUAUCUAUAUAUUUAUAUAUUCAGCAGUAUCCUGCAGAAUGUUGGCUUUCUAUGAGUUUUCAGCACUAUAAAACAUUUCUUGCAGAAAUUCCUGUUGUGAGAUGAAGCCUUCUAGGUGAUCUUUAUAUACACCAGCUCUUUGAUACCUGCUGGUUUUUAAGCAAUCUCUUACAAAACCUAAAAGUACAGAUUGGUUGGUCUAAAAUUUUGUUCUAUGGUAAAAUUGCUGAAAUUAUUGUUUUAUCACUACAAAUGUACUGUGAAGAAUGUGGGAUUAUAUUUUAAAUUCAGUAGCGAAAAGCAUUACCUUGGUUACUGUGCUGUUGACAUGUUUUUAGUAAUGCAAUUUACGAUCACAUACUGGAUUAGAUUGAAUAAAGUUUUUUAUAUUCUUUAGGUGUAUGGUGUCAAAUAUAGUAACAUAGAUUGCUUUAAUCCCUUUAAAUGUUUGGGGGAAUAAACUAUUAAACACUGAACCAUAUCCAUUGCUUAAUUUAACAACGAAUAUAUUAGUUUGAUUAUUUCUACUAGCUUCUUCUUCUUUGGCGAUCACUCGUAGCCGAGUAAGAUUGUCUUCCAUAAACACGGUUUUAACAAUGAGUCCAUAAGUGACUGUGGAGGCCAAUUCUGGAUUCGCAUGUCCUUCCACAGUAGGGACAUUGGUUUCCAGGCAGGAGUUGAUCACGGUGUGGAUUUGCCAAGCAUGCCUUCCUCUUAGCAUGUUUCUCACUUGCGUCCUGAGAUCGAGUGUCUUCAAAGCACAUGACACCUUUGGUAAAGGCUGUUCUCCAACUGGAGCGCUCGCAGGCCAGUGUUUCCCAGUUGUCGGUGUUUAUACUACAUUUUUUUUAGAUAUGCCUUGAGACAGUCUUUAAACCUCUUGUUGGCCACCAGCAUUACGCUUUCCAUUUUUAAGUUCGGAAUAGAGUAGUUGCUUUGGAAGACGAUCAUCAGGCAUCCGCACAACAUGACCAGUCCAAUGAAGUUGGUGUUUCUACUAGCAUACAUCAACUAGCAACAUCAGAUUUCAUCUCCCAUAAAGGCGCUUGCUGUUCAUUAUCCCAGUUCUACGAGAGCAUCUUCACUCUGCCCAGAUUUAGUUAUGCAGGAUUAUGUUGUACUGUCGAUAAUUCCUUUCUCUUUUCCACUGCAGAUCCUUGGACCAUGCCACCAUUUGCUUUGCUUAAUUUCAUAAAACGGCUGAGCCCACCUUCUCCAACCCCAAAUUAGUUAACCUAUUGCUUUAUGCUAAAUGAGCAUUGGGAAAUGCAAGUUGUGUGGUUCUGGAAGUGAUAUUUCUAUUGCUAUGUAGGAGAUUGAAAGCCUCAAUGUGCGGUUGAGACAUUGGUGUUGGAAAGAGGGGUUUGAAUUUGUUAGGCACUGGAAAGUGGAAUCAAGGAUUCAAAGAGCCCCAUGAUAUAGGGAAGCAUUGUCACAUGCAAAUUAAUGCUUGGCUGAUGUUGUAUGCCUACAGCAGCUUCAAAAUUGGGUUGGUGGCUAUUCUAGAGGGUUUCUUCAGUUUCUGGAGUGGCUUUUCAGGGGUUGCAGUGGGAAGGGGAUGUCACAAGGAAGAAGCAAAAGUUCCCAUGCACAGACAGAAGAUCCACAAGUGCACUGGCCUUGCGCCUAUUUGUGCAGUAAACCAGGAAACUUGCGUGCAAGGCAGCUCUGUGUACACAGCAAAAUCUCUUUGUCCACAAGGAAUUGCUGUGUUGUGCCAACUUCUGUAUUACAAUUGCAGAGCCUUUGCUAAUCCCGGUCUUCUUCCAUUUAGAUCACCAUUAAGAGUGCUCAUACCCAAGCUUUACAAAUUCCAGCAGAUGCAUUAGGUGUCUCAUCAAAAGAUGUGUAAAAUCCAUGGGGUUCUAGGAGUUUGUUCAGUAUUCAAGUAACCUUUGUUUAUAUAGCAAGGAUGGCUCAUGUGAUCUACACACACACACACACACACA